CGUCUUCCGCCUUCAGAAGUUAUUGCGUUUCUUCGACUUUUGAGAGUCUGAAGAGAUUGCCGACGGAACACCCUGUCUCUUCCCUCCCCCACCAAAAAAAUAUAAACGGGUCGUAAGGUGGACCUCGAGCCGUUAGUGCGCAUGCGCGGCAGCUCCCGCACGUCAAGGCGGUUGAAUUUAAAAUUCUCUCGGGCUGAAGGGCCGCGCGCCGAUUGGUCGGUGGUGGGAUUUUGUUUCUCUCUCCCUCCCUCGGGAAAGGGAAGUUUCAGAUUGACCGUUCCUUGCACCGAUCUCCCCCUCCUCCCAGGUUUUCAGUUCUUGGUUUAAACCAUGGAUGAAAAUUUUCCUGUAUGUCCAGAGGCUAAUGCUGAAAUCCAGGAAGGGAAAUGCAAGAGAAGACAAUCGGGUAUUUUGAAAGUUUCGAGGAGCCCACUUCGAACUUUGAAAGAAGCUGAAACUAGUCAGAAGAUGGAGAAUGUGGGAAAACUUCGCAGGAGCUCUCGAAGAGUCAGCUUUGCAGAGACUAAAGAAGUCAAGGAGUUUGUGACUGAUAAAAUGAUGAUGAUCAUGCAAGAUGUAGAAAAUGGAGAAGACAGCCAAAAGGAGAACCAGCCAGCAGUGUUAGAAAGAGACAUGAUGCCACAAAAGACAAAUUACAGUAUUGCUGGAAUGGAUGCACUGCUUCAUGCACCUCUUCGAACGCCAUUGCAACAAAUUGAGCACUGUCAACACAUUGAGACUGUCAGUAAACAUCAAAAUUUCCCCAUGUCUGCGGUUGAAAUACAAGGAGAUCUUGAAGAGAUAGUCCAGUCUUCUGAAAUGAAAGCUGCAACUACGCUUUCUAAAAAAAUUGACUUCAAAUCUUUUUUGACUGGAAUUGAUUCUACAGAACCAGUGCAUACUACUGUCUGUUUUGACAGUGAAAAAGAGAAUGCUAAUAAGUCCUUCAGCUCUAUCAGACAAAAUGAAGUUCCAAAACAGCAAAAGACAAUAGAUUUUAAAACAUUCUUAAAUAGCAUAAAGCAGAGCGACACUGACCGCAAUAAAAUGGUGUCAAUGGCUUCCAUUUUUGAGGAACAGAUCUUGAAACAAGCGGACAAUGGUAUUCUUUCAGCUUGUGGAACAGUUAAAAAUGUUGAAACAACAAAUAACUUAGUAAUGAAAUUUAAUUCUAAUAACAAUUUAGAUUCAAACAAAACUGUGCAGUUUCUGGACCAAGACAACGAUAUGGAGCUUACUAGAAGCCACACUGUUGCUAUUAACCAUUUUGCCUUGGGAAAUGCUACCACUCUCCAUUCAACAACAGUACCUAACAAUGUAGAAGCCAUAGGUACUGAAAGUUCAACUCAUUCUUCCUUUCUUCAAGAUAAAACAGUUAUAUUUUCUGGAGAAGAUUACAUGGAUAUGACCAGAUGUCAUACUGUACCUAUUGAUGUCAGGAAGGUAGAGCACCUCACAAACCAAAAUCAACCGACCGCUGUUGCAAUUCAAAAAAGAGAUAAAUCAAUGCUGUCCUCCUUUACUCCUAAUGAAGACAAAAUAUUCUCAGAUAACAGACAUUGUAGCAAGAUUAAUCAAAGUGAGGCUUUAGUUGCAAGUAAACUGACCUCCAAAUCUAUGCCUGUUUCGCCAUCUUUUCCCAGUGAUAAAACCAUCGUAUUUUCAGAAGCAAAUGAUAUGGAUAUAACCAAAAGUCACCUCAACACAAUUGACAGUGGAAGUCUUGGGCAAGUUAGAAAUGAAGUGAAGGGUUCAGAUAAAAAUACUUUGAGACAAAAUACUGCUGGAUCUGUCUCAUCAUUUGGUAAGAAUGACAGAACAAUGGUAUUUUCAGAAGCAAAUGAUAUGGACAUAACUAAAAGCUAUACAGUCAUGAUUGAUAAUAAAAUCACUGGACAAGUUGCAAAUGAAGCAUUGGGUUUUACAAGAAUGACCUCUGAACUGAAUUUACCUGGAUCAAUACUUCCACCUUUUUCCAGUGAUAAGACCAUGGUAUUUUCAGAAGCAAAUGAUAUGGAUAUAACUAAAAGCCAUACAGUCACGAUUGACAACGGAAACAUUGAUCGAGUGAAAAAUGAAACAUCAGCUUCAACAAAACUGAUUUCAAAGUGGAGUACUGUUGGGCCCUUUUUGUCAUCUUUUCCCAGUGACAAGUCAAUGUUAUUUUCUGAAGCAAAUGAUGUAGACAUCACGAAAAGUCAUUCAGUCCCAAUUGACAAUGGAAAACUUAGGGCGGUUGCAAACUGGACAGUGGGUUCAAAUUCUUCUUUUCCGAGUGAUAGAACUGUGGUAUUUUCUGACGCAAAUGAUAUGGACAUCACAAAAAGUCAUACGGUUCAAAUUGACAGUGGAAAUCUUGGACAAGUUACAAAUGGAACACUGGCUCCGAAGAAACUGUCCUUGAGACACAGUACUGUUGAAUCUGUUCUGUCAUCUCUUCCCAGUGAUAAGACGGUGGUAUUUUCGGAAGCAAAUGAUAUGGACAUUACCAAAAGUCUUACAGUUGCAAUUGAGAGUGAAAACCUUGGGGCUGUUGCAAGGCCCAUUGUAGGUCUAGAUAAGAAGACUUGCAUUGAGAAUGCAUCUGCAUCUGUUCUUUCCUCUCUUCCCAAUGAUAAGACUCUGGUAUUUUCGGAAGCAAAUGAUAUGGAUAUAACCAAGAGUCAUCCCUUCACAAUUGACAAUGGAAACCUUGGGCAAGUUACAAAUGAAGCGUUAGCUUUUACUAGAAUGACUUCCAAACACUCUGUCCCUGAGUCUACAGCGUCCUUUCAUGCUAACAAAACUAUUGUGUUUUCAGAAGCAAAUGAUAUGGAUAUAACAAAAAGCCACACUGUUGCGAUUGAGAGUGGAAAUCUUAGACACAUUCCAAAUGAACCAUUGGAAUCAGUGAAACUAACUUCAGCUGAGAAUACUGCUGCAUCUGCUCAACCACCUUUUUCCAGCAAAACAACCCUGGUGUUUUCAGAAACAACUGACAUGGACCUAACCAAAAGUCAAACAGUCAUAAUUGAGAAUGAAAACCUUGGGCUUGUUGCAAGGCCCAUAGUGGGUUCAGAUAAAAAGAUUUUUGCUGAGAAUGCAUCCACGUCUGCUCUGUCCUCUUUUCCCAAUGAUAAGACCUUGGUAUUUUCGGAAGCAAACGAUAUGGAUGUAACUAAAAGCCAUACUGUUACAAUUAAUGGACAAGUUACAAAUGAAACAUUAGGUUUUCGAACAAUGACUUCUAAACCUCGUGUGCCUCAGUCUAUAUCAUCCUUUCUCGGUGAUAAGACUCUUGUCUUUUCAGAAGCAAAUGAUAUGGACAUUACAAAAAGUCAUACAGUUGCAAUUGAGAGUGAAAACCUGGGGGCUGUUGCAAGACAUAUAGUGGGUUCAGAUAAAAACACUUCCAUUGAGAAUGCCUCAGUGUCUGUUCUGUCAUCAUGUCCUAACGAUAAGACUUUGGUAUUUUCAGAAGCAAAUGACAUGGAUAUAACUAAAAGCCAUACUGUUACAAUUAAUGGAGGAAAUCUUGGGCCUGUAGUAAAUUGGACAGAAGGUUUAUGUACAUCUUUUCCUAGUGAUAAGACAUUAAUAUUUUCUGACACAAAUGAUAUGGACAUCACAAAAAGCCAUACAGUUCCAAUUAUCAGUGGAAGUAUUGGGAAAGUUGGAAAUGAAGAUUUGAGUUUGCCUAGAAUGAUUCCCAAACUGACGGAUGCUGACUGUUCUCUAUUAUCCUCACCCAGGGAUAAAUUCACAAGGUCUUCAGAAGCAAAUGACAUAGACAUAACCAAAAACCGUACAGUUGCCACUGAGUGUGAUGGAUUUGUAUCAGUUAUAAGUGAGUCAUUAGGUUCAGAUGUCAUGACUUCCAGAUUCACUGCUCGUGGGUCUGUUUUGCCACCAUUCCCCAGUGAUAAGAUUCCAGUAUCUGAACAAGAUACACCAGCUAAAAAAAUUGAUGGCACGUCCAUUUCCAGUAAGUAUGAUGUUUCCAGUAAUCACAUCAUUUCCCAGUUGGAGCUUGAAAAGGGACAAAAAGGUUCUGGUAACCAUUCAAGCAAUGUGGAAUUUGUCAACAUAAAAACCGCAGUUGAAAACAGUCUGUCUAAUGUUAAUCAAGCUGUCCAUACACUUGGUACUUCUGAUACUUUAACCAGGAACGUGGAAAUCACUGUCCUAAGUACAGAAGGUGAGACCGAGGAAGAUGGAGAACAUGUCAGUUCACUGUGUGUAAGUGAAAAAAUGAAUGGGAAAGAAAUCAAAGAAUCUGCAUUUUCCAAGGGGAACUCUUUGGAUCCUAUCCUGAAAGGUAACAAUAACCUUGAAGCUGAGGAAAUAUCGUGCCUGGUCAAUCAAAGUAGGGAGGCAGCUUCUGAAGAUUUAGUUGGACAUCAAGUUAAUGGUACCCAAACUGGCAAUAUUAUGAAUGAUGUAACUGAAUUUGAAAAUACAGCCAAUAAAAAUAUGGGAUAUAAUCAAUCCAGAAAGUCAAGUCUUGCUAAUAUGCAAUCACUUCAAAAAUUGAACACCGUGACCAAUGUAACUUAUGACACUGUUACAGAAAAGCCGCCAGUGGGUGAAAAAGGUUCUACAAAUUGUCAAACCUGGGAUGCAAAGUCACGACUUUUGAAGCAAAGUUCUCUUUUUAAGGGCACAUUUAAAUUCAAUCUUUGUCUAGGAAUCUUUCCUCCUAAAUUGCCUAGUAGAGAAAAUUUGUAUAAAGCUGUAAAUUCAAAUCAUCAGGAUGUAGCAAAAUCAUUAAGAGACCAUCUUGGCUCUGACUCACUUCUGAGUACCAUAUACAAACCAAACAAAUUUAAAGUAGACUCAGAUAUAUUAAGACAUAAUAUUGACCCUAAAAAUACCCCAGGUAUCCAGAACAAAAGCCAAGCAACUGAUCAUGACAAUGUAGAAAAAGUAUUUGAUCAAUCUGAGCCAUCUCUCUCCUUGAAGUCCAGUGAUUUGAGCUGCCUCACUAUCUCUGAACAACUUGGAAAAGAAGAUUCAUCUACUUCUGAACAGGAUGAGAAUGUUCUAAGUUGCCAAGGUCUUGGAGGUUUCAAAAUUAUGAAAUCGGUAGAAGAAAAGCUUUACCAUAAACGAGCAUGGAGUGAAGAGGAGAAAAACAGAAAUUCAUGCAGCAGAAAGAAAAUGAGAAAUUUGCGUCCUGAAGAUACUGAUUCUUCAAGCCAAAAGACCAACAAUGCUCCUGUUGUGCAAUGGGAAGGCAUGGAUCAUCAAGUCAUGGAAGAGAACCAACUCAGUAUAACGACAAAAAGCCUGGAUAAUAGCUCCUUAGAUUCAACCAAAGGAGAUGGAACCUCUGCAGAUGCUGCCAAUUCAAAAUGUAACCUGAAUACAUCCCUAGUGAUUUUAGAAGAGUCUGAGCUGCAUGAGAAAUUGAUGGAUGGCCAGAUCACAGUUCGAGAAUUUUUCAAACUUUUGAAAGUUCAAACGCACGCACAGAAAUCUCGCCAGAGUGAACUACGUGUUAAUGUUGAAUUAGACAAGUCUUCAACUGUCGAAAAUUGGCUGGCAGUGAAGUUUGUUCACCGGCCUAAACGGGAAGUCUAUGAAGAGGACAGCAAUGCUCUCUCUGCAGCCAUAGCUGAACUGAAGGAUCAGUUGUUAGAUCUUGAUAAACUUCUGUCAGAGGUGAACCCUGCUCUUUGGAAAAGUGUGAUGGAAAUGACAGAAGAGGAGUUGCGAAUGUUUCGUUCUUGCCUGAAUGCCAAGAAAUCCAGUUUUGUGAAAAAAACCAAAGCAAUCUGCCAUGAACAAAAGGUUGACCUGUAUUCAGCACAGUUGAAUAUGUUUAAGGCACAGCGUCAGCAGAGAAAUGAAUAUGAGGCUUAUUUGGAUGAUAUGUUACGCAAGAUGGAUGAUUGCCUUGCAUCAUUAGAUCUUGCAAAUUUGGAUCAUCUGAGCGAGUGCAGUGUUGAUGUCAUUGACGAUGACAGUAUUACACAGCUGAAGCAAACUGUGCACGACAGAUGUGACGAGCUGAAGAAACUUCAGGCAGAACGCUGUGAAGUGGAAAGUCAACUUGCCAAAGUUCUUAAUGCGAAAGAGCUACAGGAAAAGGCUGCCAAUGUGUGGGAUCUGAAAGAAGAGUUCCAGGAGCUGUUAGAAUGGACGUUAUGCAUCAGCCAGGAUGAACAGGCUGUUUAUAAAUUUCUGUAUGACUCCCUGGAGCUCACUUUGACGUUUGGUGAACCUGUGUCGGCUGAUCUUUCUCCUGGUGCGAAGUGUAAGAAAAUCCUAGAUAUUAAUCUUGUAUCUGCUUUGGAUGAGGAUGAGGCUCCGUUGCAUUCAAAGCUUGUUCAUGAAUUAAUUAUGACAUACUGGAAGAGUCAAGGCAGUUGGCAAGAUGUAUACACCAAUGAAUUGCAGCUCCCCAUGCUCUUGCUUGAUGUUUCGUUAGUGGUGAGUCGAGGUCGGUUGCUUGGUGAUGAGCUGGAAUAUUUGCUGAACUGGGGAUCAAAAUUUGACAUUCUGAAGACACAGAUUCAAAACAUGGAUGUCAAGUGUCUUUUCUCAAGUUAUGAUGCACUGUCAAAAUUUGAACUUACAUUUCAUAUCAAGCCAGGUUAUCCAUGGCACCCAAUGCAGUUCACAUUUAACUCUUGGUUUGGAAAUAUCAGUGGUGAACGUAUCAAUGAAGUCCUACUGACAGUAAAACCAGGACCCAAGUACCUGACCAAGCUUGUGAAGAGUCUCUUCUUGACACUGCUCGUUGAACCAGGAGCUAAGAGAUUCCGGCUACAGCAUUCAUCUCCAUAACUAGGAUAGAAAGUGUGAUCAUUCACCCAUCUUUCCCAAUCAAAUCAAAAGAGACCGCUAUUGGUCCUGUAUGUACAAUGGAACUUAUGAUGAGCUUUGUACAAGAACUGGUUUGAAUGCAACUGAGGUUGAAGACCUGCAAGAAGCCUGUAUAAAUUUCAGUUUGGCAAUUUGAAGUGGCCACAUGCUAUAUAAUAUCUGCCAUUUUGCUCUGAAAAACUAAGGAUGGCUUCACUGACCUGUAAGAUGAUUGCUUUUCUGGGUUAGGUGUUAAUUAUAGUGGGUAUUUUUUUCUUGCUACUCUGUAUAAGUGACAUUUAUAAUUCCGUUAAACAUACUGAUAUACAGUAGGUGGUGUCCUACAAUUUCAGUACAGAGUACAAGGAGACUUACCUUGUAACACAACUACCAGAAUAGGUGAUAAUUGCUCCAUUUUCCAGAAUUGAUUCUUUCACCUAGACUAGCAUAAAAUAUGUACUAUUGCUGUGCCAUUAAGAGUGUGAAGUGUUGGUGCCAUAAUUUCUGUAUCUUUUAUUGUAAUUAAAAAUUUGUAUAUCAGCUACUGAUCCUGAUACUUGUACUUUUAAAUUCACCAGAUAGCACAGUCAAUGUAAUGUGGUAGACAUUGAGAUAAAUAACUACUUAGACUGUACAUUAGUGUUGCAGUGAUGAAUAUUGCCAGCACAUGGGCAGAAAUACCUUCUUCAAAUAUUAUCAUGUCAUGUUUUAUACCAAUCUGAAUCUGCAGAGUCUCUGUUUAAUAUCUCAUCUGAAGUGACCAUAUACAAUGCUGUACUGAAGUAUCUGCAGUUAUUACUUUUGUAUGUCCUUGAAUGACAUUUGAACAAGUGACUCUGACUUACAGCUGAGUAUGCUGCCCAACUGAACCAAACUAACAAUGGUAUAAUAUUAUGUGAAACUUUCAAGUCGAGGAAAAAUAAAAUGGUGACCAAAUCAACUUUGCAGGAGAGAAUUCGAAUUAUGUCAUUGGUUCCACGUUAUAAGCCUGUUGCUAACUUUGAUCUGUUCUUUUCAUAUCUGUUUUUUACUUUGAUAGUUUACAUGUCUGCCUUUUCAUUGGUAGCUUCUAUUUCUGUUGUGGUUUG